GUUUACUCGAAAGUCAGUAUAUUUUUGAAAUUUCAUUUAAAUUUAUUGCAAAGAAUGAAGCAUGAACUAUUUGAGAGAUUGUGAAUCUACGAAUCCUAAUCUCGAUGCUAUUAAUCGGUUAAUAACCCUAAAAGACAAUUAUUUAAAUUGAUGCAAAUUUCAAUCAAGUAAAUAUGAAGACAGACGCGUAUGUAGACGAAACAAAUGUAAAAGACGAGGAAUCAUUUUUGAUAUCUGUAAAGGACACAUUGACCACCGUGCAAAACAGCGUUCACAAUUUCAUAAAAGAUGUUCCUCGAGCACUGUUCGAUUCGGGGUUAGAUUUCGAUAUAGAAAAGUUAACUAUAUCGGACAGUGAAAAUAUAGAGCUUCGUUCUUUGCCGCAACCGUUAACUGAACAAACGGUCAAACAAAAUGAGGAGAAGACUGAAAUUAUAAAUUUGGAACUCGAAUGCGAACGACUGCGUACCCAAUUGCAUCAGCAACUAGAAGCGAACAAAAUAAUACAGAGGGAAAUCGAGUACAUGAAAGAACAAUUGUUCAACCAGAGUGCUUAUUGUACAAGUUUGGGGGCGGUUUUGGGUAAUCUAACGUGGAGAGCGUCCAGGUUCCCUGAGAUCGUUGAUGUCUGGCUUUCCGCGUUUCAGCACAAAAUUGGCGAACUGUUAUCCAUAACGGAUGGAAGUUUCGAGGCAUUUAUGAAAACUUAUCGGACUGCAUUUCCUCCGACCAGCAACGACGAAUACCAAUUUAUAAUCUCUUUAUUGGGCAUCGUGACUAAUAUAUCCGCGAGUCCCGAAGGGCGCGAAUUUCUUAUCACUAACUCAAACGGCAAAGAUUUUAUCAAGAAGAUAGUGACUCUUAUGCCGACCCUGCCAAUUUCACAGGGCACCCAUUCCAUUAAAAGAUUGAUGCUGAUGACGUUGUACAACGUUAGUAUGAAUGAAACCGGUUUGUUGCAUCUGUUCGAUUCUCGGAUAGGGGACGCGUUGAACUAUUACUUGAGGAACGAUUCUCUACCGGACGAGGUACAGUUGCUCUGUCUGCGUGUGCUGCACUCUAUCACCUAUGAUCUAACCGAUCCAAAAUACAUACAAGACUUGAUUACAAGUCUGUCAAUCGACAAAAUAGAAGAUAUUGCUGCUGCGAGCAAGAACGAAAUGAGCAGCUUCGCGAAGCAAGUUAUAAAGAACUUACGGAACUCGCAGAAAUACCUAAGCCAAAAUUAAACACAUACCGCCAGUCAGACUGUAGCCUGAGCUUCGUGAAUUAAAAGUAUGGCCCACUGAGUGUGACCGAUUUUAUAAUUGCAUUCCAACGGUGCAACGAUGAUAAUACUUAUAUUUGUAGAAUGUUAUCGUGUGUUUUCGCGCGAAGCAACACGUUACGCCGAGUUGCAAUUGCGGCUAUGUCAAAUAUCAGGAUAUCCUUGGAACAUGUUCGUGACUGACCCGAGAACUGUCGAAUAUCGAUCCGCUUUAUGCAGCUACAAAAUAAAAGCAAUUGUGUAGAACGGUGUAUGGAGUAGCGCCGAAUCGAUUACACUGAAAACUUGUGCAGGCAAAGCAUAAUCAAGGGCAUAAAUAUUUGCUGUGCAAUUAAACAGUUGUUCCUGCGCUUUUGUGUCUGUUGAGCAACGAGUCUAUCGAUUUCUAGAGAACGUUCCGUUCUACGCUAUUUGUUUUCUUUGUCGGGCCAACUGCAGACGUAUUGCAACGAAAACAAUCGUGUACAGAAUGUAUCGUUAGAAAAUUGCAUUAGAAACGCUCGACACGUUACUCGAAAUUUCACUGUGCAGUAGCGGCCUUCGGGAUUCGAAGGUUGCGACAAUACCACAACAACGAAUACUGCGGUAACUGGUUUCCGAGUAGCAACCUCACGUAUGCACGUACACGCGUGCAUUUCGCCGUUUCGACGUUACACCGAUCUACCGUUCUGCCGAACCGUACAAUUACCGGCAUGAAUAAAUUACAGCUGCGGAACAAUUGAAAAGAAACGGACGCUCACAACUUUCAACAUAAUUGAACACCGACAUAUUUUUGGAUCGAUCUGCGCACCUGGCGCAAAAAAACAAUGAUAUAUAGUUCUAAGCACCGUUGGCUUCGAGUCAAACUGUGGCAAAUGUUUUCUUAACACUUUACCUGCCAAAAGUCAAUUAAUAUUCAUACUUGUCAACAUAAACAAGUUAGCCAUUAACGAUUCACUCGUAAUAUUUUAGUUUUUCCAUUAGGUAAUCCAUUAAUAAGCAUCCGCUAGGUAAAGUGUCAACUAUAUCAAAUAUUUUUAUAUCAUUUACUUUUAUCGACAUAAUUCAAUAUUGAUCUUAUUAAAACUAGCCUCAUA